AUUGUUCUUUUCUGUAUUGUGCUGAGAGGAUCAAGGGAUUGGUAGGAGAACCGGCAAGCCAGGCAUCACGGUGGAUGUUGAAGAAGGUUACUCGGAUCCCAGCAUCUUCACUUGCUUGCUCUGGAAUUACAGCUAUUUAUUACAAAGCACUUUCUGUGGCUGGGUGGAGUGCGGCUAAGGAAACACAUCCCAGACACCACUUGGGGUUAGUCUUUCUGAGCCUUUCACGUCUCUGACUAAUUCUCAUCAUUAUCAUGGAGCCCAACAGUCCCAAAAAGAUACAAUUUGCUGUGCCUUUAUUCCAGAGUCAGAUUGCACCCGAAGCAGCAGAGCAGAUCAGGAAAAGAAGACCGACUCCAGCAUCACUUGUGAUACUCAAUGAACAUAAUCCCCCAGAAAUAGAUGACAAGAGGGUGACUAGCACACAAGCAGAAUCACAGAAUGCAUCUCCUAAGCAAAGGAAGCAGAGUGUUUACACACCACCCGCCAUGAAAGGGGUGAAGCAUCUGAAAGGCCAGAAUGAAUCAGCAUUCCCUGAAGAAGAAGAAGGUGUAAAUGAAAGAGAGGAACAGUGGGACCAUUAGUUAUGGGUCCCCAGCAAGAAGGCUUCUUGGGAAUAAAUGAACUAUUAACUUUUCUGGAUAUGGAGCAUCACAGAGCACCGCUGCUUGAUUCCAGAAGUAUUCUACAUCUCUGCUCUCCACACACAUACAGUAGUAGUACACAUCUGGGAAGCCCUCACUGAUUGAACUUUAGAACUAAGUAAAGUUGUUCCAUAUUAAUUAAUUGAAGAAUAAGCAUUUAUUUUAUGGUAAUUUUUCUUUUUAAUGACAUAGAAAUUUGCAAACAUGUGAGUGUUCUAACUUUAAUAAUGCAGAGCUUAAUCCCCGUUGUCCUACUCAUAUGAUUAUCUUCUAAGGUCAAAUGUAAAUACUAUUAUCACUUUAAGAAUAAAAAAUAAAUGCAUUUAGUCAUGAUUGUGUGUCUGGGU